AGUGAUUUUAUAGAUGCAGUAUAAACUAUAUUUUUACAAUUAAUAAUUUUGUUAAUAAUAUAUUUUUGUAUUAUUAUUAUUAUUAUUAUUAACAAAAUAUUAAUAGUUUCAAAUAUUUAUAACAAUUAAGUUUAUUUUAGUAAUACAAAUAAAUAAUAAUGUUUAAAUUAUUAUUAUUAUUAUUACUAGUAUUUAUACUAGCUGAUCCAAUUGUAUUGGAUAAUACUAAUUUUAUUGUCGAUUCAUCCAAAACAGUUGAAAGCUUAAAUAAAUUAAAAGGAACCUGGUAUAGAAGUUACGGUACACAAAACUUUGAGUGUCUAUCAUUUGAAUUAAAUGGCAACCCUGAUAAUGUACAACAAUAUGAAUUAAUUGAUAGACGAACAAGAUUUAUUGAUUCGAGAUGGAAAAAUUCAGCAUAUGGCGAUUUGACAAUCAAAAAACAUGCGACUAUAGUGGCAAACAAUACAAUCCAUACUAAACGUUGGGACACCGGUUAUGAGGAAUGGUUAACCAUUUUGGGCACUGAUUUCGAUAGUUAUCUUAUCGUACAGACUAUUGGAUCAAAUAAUCAAAAAUCGAUUGAUGCCUAUGGAAGACAGUAUGAGUUGGAACUGGAUGUUAGUCCAACCGAAUCGUGUACCCGAACUCGUAAACGAUUUUGUAUAAAAGUCAAACUCAAUGCUAAUAGAAAAGGCUGUAAUUAUCCGAAACCAACGGCUCAGCCGUCGUCGACAACCGAAGAAUCGUUGACGACUACAGUGUCCGCAGCGAACACUAACAGCAAUACUAACAAUACAAACCCACAUCACCCACAUGUAAAUCAUGACCACAAUAGUACCCACACAAACCCACAUCACCCGCAUGUAACCCAUGACAACAAUAGUAACCACACAAACCCACAUCACCCACAUGUAAAACAUGACAACAAUAGUAAGCACACAAACCCACAUCACCCACAUGUAACCCAUGACAACAAUAGUACCCUCACAAACCCACAUCAUCCACAUGUAAAUCAUGACAACAAUAGUAACCACACAAACCCACAUCACCCACAUGUAAAUCAUGACAAUAGUACCCACACAACCCCACAUCACCCACAUGUAAAUCAUGACAAUAGUACCCACACAACCCCACAUCACCCACAUGUAAAUCAUGACAAUAGUACCCACACAACCCCACAUCACCCACAUGUAAAUCAUGACAAUAGUACCCACACAACCCCACAUCACCCACAUGUAAAUCAUGACAAUAGUACCCACACAACCCCACAUCACCCACAUGUAAAUCAUGACAAUAGUACCCACACAACCCCACAUCACCCACAUGUAAAUCAUGACAAUAGUACCCACACAACCCCACAUCACCCACAUGUAAAUGACAACAAUAGUACCCACACAAACCCACAUCACCCGCAUGUAAAUCAUGACAACAUUAGUACCCACACAAACCCACAUCACCCACAUGUAAGUCAUGCGGACAAUAGUACCAACACAAAACCACAUCACCAACAUGUAAAUCAUGACAACAAUAGUACCCACACAAACCCACAUCACCCACAUGUAAGUCAUGCGGACAAUAGUACCCACACAAACCCACAUCACCCACAUGUAAAUCAUGACAAUAGUACCCACAUUAACCCACAUCACCCACAUGUAAAUCAUGACCACAAUAGUUCCCACACAAACCCACAUCACCCACAUGUAAGUCAUGCGGACAAUAGUACCAACAAAAACCCACAUGUAAAUGACAACAAUAGUACCCACACAAACCCACAUCAUCCACAUGUAAAUCAUGCGGACAAUAGUACCAACACAAACCCACAUGUAAAUGACAACAAUAGUACCCACACAAACCCACAUCAUCCACAUGUAAAUCAUGCGGACAAUAGUACCAACACAAACCCACAUGUAAAUCAUGCGGACAAUAGUACCAACACAAACCCACAUGUAAAUGACAACAAUAGUACCCACACAAUCCCACAUCACCCACAUGUAAAUCAUGCGGACAAUAGUACCAACACAAACCCACAUGUAAAUCAUAACAACAAUAGUAACCACACAAACCCACAUCACAGUCAAGUAAAUCCAGAACAAAACAGAAAUCAAUCAAUUCCACAUGAAAGUCCAAGGAACAAUAGUACAUAUAAGAUUUUAUCGUCAUCAUCGAAUCCAAGCAAUAUCUCGCAUCCAAACAUUGUCUCGAAUCCAAACAAUGUUUCGAAUCCAAGCAAUGACUUUAAUCCAAUAAUUUUCUCACUUCCAAGAAAUGUCUCUAUUCCAAUCAAUUUAACGAAUCCAAACAAUGUAUCGCUUCCAAGCAUAAAUCAAGACAAUGGCCAGAAUCCAAGCAAUGUUCCGAAUCUAACCAAUGGCUCGAAUUCACGAAAUGGCCAGAAUCCAAGCAAUGUUCCGAAUCCAAGCAAUGUUCCGAAUCCAAGCAAUGUUCCGAAUCUAACCAAUGGCCCGAAUUCAAGCAAUGGCCAGAAUCCAAGCAAUCUUCCGAAUCUAACUAAUGGCCCUAAUUCAAGUAAUGGCCAGAAUGCAAGCAAUGUUCCGAAUCUAACCAAUGGCCCGAAUUCAAGCAAUGGCCAGAAUCCAAGCAAUGGCCAGAAUCCAAGUAAUGUUCCGAAUCUAACCAAUGGCCCGAAUUCAAGCAAUGGCCAGAAUCCAAGCAAUCUUCCGAAUCUAACUAAUGGCCCUAAUUCAAGUAAUGGCCAGAAUGCAAGCAAUGUUCCGAAUCUAACCAAUGGCCCGAAUUCAAGCAAUGGCCAGAAUCCAAGCAAUGGCCAGAAUCCAAGCAAUAUUCCGAAUCUAACCAAUGGCCCGAAUUCAAGCAAUGGCCAGAAUCCAAGUAAUGUUCCGAAUCUAACCAAUGGCCCGAAUUCAAGCAAUGGCCAGAAUCCAAGUAAUGUUCCGAAUCUAACCAAUGGCCAGAAUCCAAGCAAUGUUCAGAAUUUAACCAAUGGCCAGAAUCCAAGCAAUGUUCAGAAUCUAACCAAUGGCCAGAAUCCAAGUAAUGUUCCGAAUCUAACCAAUGGCCAGAAUCCUAGCAAUGUUCCGAAUCUAACCAAUGGCCAGAAUCCAAGUAAUGUUCCGAAUCUAACCAAUGGCCAGAAUCCAAGCAAUGUUCAGAAUCUAACCAAUGGCCAGAAUCCAAGCAAUGUUCCGAAUCUAACCAAUGGCCAGAAUCCAAGCAAUGUUCCGAAUCUAACCAAUGGCCAGAAUCCAAGUAAUGUUCCGAAUCUAACCAAUGGCCAGAAUCCAAGCAAUGUUCAGAAUCUAACCAAUGGCCAGAAUCCAAGCAAUGUUCAGAAUCUAACCAAUGGCCAGAAUCCAAGUAAUGUUCCGAAUCUAACCAAUGGCCAGAAUCCAAGCAAUGUUCCGAAUCUAACCAAUGGCCAGAAUCCAAGUAAUGUUCCGAAUCUAACCAAUGGCCAGAAUCCAAGCAAUGUUCAGAAUCUAACCAAUGGCCAGAAUCCAAGUAAUGUUCCGAAUCUAACCAAUGGCCAGAAUCCUAGCAAUGUUCCGAAUCUAACCAAUGGCCAGAAUCCAAGUAAUGUUCCGAAUCUAACCAAUGGCCAGAAUCCAAGCAAUGUUCAGAAUCUAACCAAUGGCCAGAAUCCAAGCAAUGUUCCGAAGCUAACCAAUGGCCAGAAUCCAAGCAAUGUUCCGAAUCUAACCAAUGGCCAGAAUCCAAGCAAUGUUCCGAAGCUAACCAAUGGCCAGAAUCCAAGCAAUGUUCCGAAUCUAACCAAUGGCCAGAAUCCAAGUAAUGUUCCGAAUCUAACCAAUGGCCAGAAUCCAAGCAAUGUUCAGAAUCUAACCAAUGGCCAGCAUCCAAGCAAUAUUCCGAAUCUAACCAAUGGCCCGAAUUCAAACAAUGGCCAGAAUCCAAGCAAUGUUCCGAACCUAAACAAUGGCCCGAAUUCAAGCAAUGGCCAGAAUCCAAGUAAUGUUCCGAAUCUAACCAAUGGCCCGAAUUCAAGCAAUGUCCAGAAUCCAAGUAAUGUUCCGAAUCUAACCAAUGGCCAGAAUCCAAGCAAUGUUCAUAAUCUAACCAAUGGCCAGAAUCCAAGCAAUGUUCAGAAUCUAACCAAUGGCCAGAAUCCAAGCAAUGUUCCGAAUCUAACCAAUGGCCAGAAUCCAAGUAAUGUUCCGAAUCUAACCAAUGGCCAGAAUCCAAGCAAUGUUCAGAAUCUAACCAAUGGCCAGAAUCCAAGCAAUGUUCCGAAUCUAACCAAUGGCCCGAAUUCAAGCAAUGGCCAGAAUCCAAGUAAUGUUCCGAAUCUAACCAAUGGCCAGAAUCCAAGUAAUGUUCCGAAUCUAACCAAUGGCCAGAAUCCAAGCAAUGUUCAGAAUCUAACCAAUGGCCAGAAUCCAAGCAAUGUUCCGAAUCUAACCAAUGGCCAGAAUCCAAGUAAUGUUCCGAAUCUAACCAAUGGCCAGAAUCCAAGCAAUGUUCAGAAUCUAACCAAUGGCCAGAAUCCAAGCAAUGUUCCGAAUCUAACCAAUGGCCAGAAUCCAAGUAAUGUUCCGAAUCUAACCAAUGGCCAGAAUCCAAGCAAUGUUCCGAAUCUAACCAAUGGCCAGAAUCCAAGCAAUGUGCAGAAUCUAACCAAUGCUCAGAAUUUAAGCAAAUUCUCGCUUCCAAGCAAUCUCUUAAAUUCAGACAAUGUCCUAAAAGGAAGCAAUACAUUAAAUCCAAUCAUUAAUCCUUUAAAACCAAACACGAAUUCGUCGAUUCCGUUACAACUAAUUCCGGGCCAAAACAAAUCCAAACCAAACAAUACCAUUGCACCGGAACUGUGCGAUACGGACGAUACGACACCAAACAGUGUCGUCUUCGUCGCCAACAAUAAGAAUACAGAUUCAGGAAACCUGUCGACAGUUAAACAGUAAAGUCUUUCAAAAAAAAAUUUAACAAAAAACAAAUCAAUAGAAUAGACAAAAAAAAUAUAUUAAUUAUAAUCGACUGAUAUGUUUAAGAAUAAUAAUAAUAAUUAUUAUUAU